GGGCCGGGCCCGGCGGGGCGGGUGGCGGUGGCCGCCGCGCUGGCGGCGCUCGGGUGGCUGCAGGCGGUGCGCGGCGCCGGGAGCCCCGCCGCAGACCCUCUGCUGCAGCCCUAUUUCCCGGCGCGGCACGGCCCUCGGCACCACCACAGACACGUCAGGGACUGUCAGCCCCGCAAGUACGGCAACGUAACGCACGAAGCGUGGCCGAGCGACGGCGGCACGGGCAGCCCCGUGGCCACCACCAGGACGUUCGUUUCUUACAUCCCCCCGGACGGCGAGGACCGCAAGGCUGUCUACGGCCACUUCACUUUCGUGAGGAACCCGCUGAGGACGCUGUCCGUGCUGGAGCCCGGGGGCACCGGAGGCUGCCAGGCUCAACGCAGAGCCACGGUGGAAGAGACUGCCAAGCUGGGCAAGUGUCUGGUGGCCCAGAACGGCGGCUACUUCAACAUGGAAACAGGAGAGUGCCUUGGGAACGUGGUGAGCGAUGGGAGGCUGGUGAGGAACUCCGGAGGCCUGCAAAACGCUCAGUUUGGCAUCCGCAGGGAUGGCACCAUGGUGUUUGGAUACCUGUCUGAGGAAGAUGUCUUGGAUCAAGCCAACCCUUUUGUGCAGCUUGUGAGUGGGGUGGUUUGGCUGCUGAGGGAUGGAGAGGUAUACAUCAAUCAGAGCCGAGUGGCUGAGUGUGAUCAAGUUCAAACCACAGGAACCUUUGACAAGUUCAUCAAUGUGAUAUCAGCCAGGACUGCAGUUGGACACGACAGCCAGGGCCAGCUGGUCUUGGUUCAUGUGGAUGGACAGACAGAAUCCAGAGGGGUCAACCUCUGGGAAAUGGCUGAAUUCCUGAAGCAGCAGGGAAUCAUCAAUGCUAUCAACCUGGAUGGUGGAGGCUCUGCAACACUGGUCUUAAAUGGGACCCUGGCAAGCUACCCCUCUGAGCACUGCUCCUUUGACAGCAUGUGGCGUUGCCCUCGGAGCAUCUCGACCGUCCUGUGCAUCCACGAGCCCUCCUGUGAGCCUGCAGCCUGCAGUGGCCACGGGCACUGCUCUGGCCUCUUCUGGACAGGCCCUGCCUGUGACACCUUGGACUGUGGCCCAUCUGCUCCUGGCCCCCACAGCCUGUGCACUGCUCGGUGCGUGUGUGACGCCGGCUGGAUGGGCAGCAACUGCAGUGAAGCUUGUCCUCCGGGUUUCUAUGGAGACUCUUGCACCCAGAAGUGCCAGUGCCAGAAUGGGGGCUCGUGUGACCCUGUGCAGGGAGCCUGCUCCUGCCCUGCUGGCUACCAUGGCACCAACUGUGAGCAAGAGUGUCCCCUGGGCUGGCAUGGGCCAAACUGCCAGCAGCCUUGUGCCUGUGAGCACUCGUGUCCCUGCGACCCUGCCACGGGCAGCUGCAACAUCAGCCACGACUCAGCAACACAGGAGCUGUUGCACAGAGCUGGGCAGUGCUGGGCUUCCCAGAGCAAGGGAAGGAGCAAGGACAACUCCUCUCUGUCAGAGAACUGGUGGAUGUCCCUGAGCUCUGUCUUGGCUCUGCUGCUGGUGCUGAGUGCUGUGGGGAACGCUGGGCUGCUGCUCAAGGCCAGGGCACAGAGGCACUACCUCUACCACCCCCUGAGGGAGCUGAAUGGGGAAGCCAACCACACCUCCCCCUCUGCUGCCUGUGAGGUGGAAGAUGCUCAGGACCAAAGCCAGGCUCUGCUGUAGAGCCCCUGUGGGGAGAGAGGAGCUGUUCUACGCUGGGGCUCGUGCUGCUGCUCGGCCCCACAGCAUCAAACCUCUGCCUGAGCCAGGAGCAGCACCAACAUACCUCAGUCCAAGGAGAACCCCUCUGCUCCUGGCCCAGCCCUGCUGAGGAUGUGGGCAGCUUCCCUCCCUGCUGCUCCUGCUCUGCUGGAGCACACAGGGCUAUGGCUUUAGCUGCCACAAGCCCUGGGACCAGCUUCCACCAUCCAGGGGGAGGAGGGACUCCUCAGCAGCAAAGGGGCUGGUUCCCUCUGAUACCUGAGGGAAGGGGGUGAGGAAUGCAAGCCAUAAAAGCCCCUUCUCACCCUGAGCAGUGGUCCGGGGCGGGGGGGGGUUAAGAUGUAAGAUAAAUCGCCUCUAACAUAAAGCUGAGCUUAAGGAAGCUGGUUUAAGGAUGAGAUAGUCUCUAACUGCCUGCCUUCCCUGCCAAACUCAGCCUUCUAUCAUAGAUCAGGCAAAAAAGGUGUUUUAAAGUGUUACAGGUGGUGCAGCAGAGCCAGAGCAUUUGCUUACUGACCCCUGAGGCAGCAGCAGGCCAAGGAGCCUGUGCUGAGCACUGCCCUUUUGCUAGGGCCUUGCAGUUCAACAUGAAAAGCCUCCUCACUUCAACCCAAGCCCCUCCUUCUGGCUUCCUCUGGUACCUGGUGCCCUGCCUGGCUGUGUGGGAGGGCACACAAGCCCUGGCUCAGGGGGUUGUAACUCCUGCCUCAGCCCCACUGGGACCAUUUGUGUGCCCUCCCCUUUCUCAUCUCUCCAGCUAAAGGGACAUGGACAUUUUGUUCUGCUCUUGGCAUCAAAUCAACCUGUACAUUGGGAGAUUCUAUUUUUCUAUGAGUCACAGGACACUGUUUAAAGCUUGAAUAAAGAAAAGCCUCCUGGCCCUCUC